AGAGUAAUUUAGAUCAUUAUUCAUUGGAUGUCAGGAGGCCUUUGGCCCUACUAGUGAAAUAAAAACAAAUGAACAUAUUAUGUAUGUUUGGAGAUAGUUCAUUGGUUAUUAUUAACCGUGGUUAUUAGAAUCAGUAAAAUCAAUUCUCCAGAUAUAAAAUUAUAAAUAUGGUUGCUCCAUUCCCGUUGGCAAAGCUACUCACUUUGGUCAUGCGACAAACCGCAAAGCCAGUAGCCAAGGGUAUCAAGUCUUUGGCAAGGAAAAAUGCUGUGUUCAGAAAGUAUGUUUGCGUUUUGCCAGCACAAACCUACCACUGGAUGGAAAUGAGCGUUAAGAUGAGAUUUCUUGGCCACAAAGGGAUCCCAGAGAUUAAGCCCUUAAACGAACGCAGUGCGGUUGAAUUGGGUGCAGAAGCUUUAGGUGAAGCUAUAGUUCUCAGCAUUUGCAUGGCGCUCAUUUGUGUCGAGUAUCGUCGUGGGAAGCUGAAAGAGGCGAAGAAAGAACAGGCUCGGCUAGACGAGAACGCCUCGUUAAAACGCCAAGUCCAAGACUUAGGACUCAAAAUCGAUACUCUUGCAGCCGAGUUUACAGGAAACAUGAACAAGUCUAGUUUGCAAACGUUAGACAAUGUCAAUGCUCAACAAAAGAAAUAGCUAAUGAAUUUUCACCGAAAAUGUGAGUAACUAGAGAGGAAAAUACCCCGAAUUGGGGUGGGGGGAAGGGUACUGUACUUUACUUGUACUUAACUGUACUUUAUUCGAUUAUUUUCUUUGCUAUUUACAUGUU